UUUGCAUUGCCAAGUUGGCGAUAGACAAUUCUCUGCGUCUCUCACGCUCGCCGCACAUCUCUCGUUUAUUGAUUUUUCGAUUGUCCACUAGCCGCUGGCUCCGCAGUACGUCUUCUAAGCCCUACUUCUGUUACAACGAGUAUUACGAUGAGCCAGAAAACCGAGCAAGAUGAUAUUCCUCUCGCUGAUGAUGACGACACUGUAACUAUAAUUAGCGGUGGGAAAACUCCGAGAGCUGCCCAGCCACUUCCGAAGGAGGAACCACCAGAGGAUCCAGAAGAGAAAGCCCGGAUGAUCACACAAGUGCUGGAACUUCAGAAUACUUUGGAUGAUCUCUCACAACGCGUCGAAUCUGUCAAGGAAGAGAGUUUGAAGUUGAGAUCGGAAAAUCAAGUGCUCGGCCAGUACAUUCAGAACCUAAUGUCCUCCUCGUCAGUAUUCCAGUCUUCUCAGCCGUCACGGCCCAAGCAGUAGGUGUUGUGUUGUCCUUUAAGAAUCUUUUUUUCUAAUUCGAUUCCCCGUCCAUUGAUUGUUCCAUUCUCGCCGCCCACAUUGGGACCCUGUGCAUGAUUUCCUGAAACCAUAAUUGCCCCUUCCACUAACCCCGCUUUAAUUGCUCCUCCGAUCUUGUCAGCCUUUCAGUUGCCGAAAUGUUACCAAAAAGUUAUAUAUUUUAUUAAAUAAAUAAAUAAUUUUUCCAAGAUCCUAUUACAGUUAAUAUUUACAGAGAUGAUUCAGUUCACGACGACGAUUUUGGAGAGUACGAAUAUUAGAAAUUAGGCCGAUUGUAAAUAGAAGAUGUCCAUACCACAGUCUUUCGUUCGUUUCAAGAGCUCAGUUUGCACAACAAAAAUUCUCUUAUCGUGUUCAACCCGCUUAUUUUAUUUUCUUUACAUUUUCUGUACGAUUUUUUAUCACAUUUUUGUGUUUGUGUGAAUAUAUUUAGUGUAGUAAAACUGUUACGAGU